AGGCGACGAAGUAUUUGGCCAAAUGGCAAAUUAGUUGUCGAAGGAGUUUGGUCCGGUUCAUCACGCCCACUUGGUACACUGCAGGACUUCCAAAAUCCUUCAGAAUAUAGUCUCCCAUCCUGCAACAAAAACAUGGCUGCUGCAGGGCAGAAAGAUCAGAAUAAAGCCGGCAAGAACUUUGACACGGGCAGUACGAAUGCCUUGCCAAAUGUUGAUCUGGCCAGCGGUAUAUUUGAGGCCCCUGGCGCUAUCCAACCUGAAGCCCAAAUGACCAAACCAGUGUCAGUUACUGGCGGUCCUCUCGAUAAGCAGGCAAGUGGCAGGAGUACCGCUGGUGAAGAGCAGAAAUCUACAAGUGGGACACAAGAAGCGGUUAACAGCGAUGGAAGCAUUAGCCGCAAACCAAAGGAUACAGCAGGCGCCGGCGCCAUGAUACUAUAGGUUUUUAGAGUAUUCAAAACGUUCGUUUAAU